UCAACCACAACUUAUGAAACAAAAAUGAAACAAAAAGGAAAAAAAGUGUCUAGUUUUGAUCCUUAAUGUUUUAUUUCACUUGAACCGUUGAAGCUUUUCUUUUGCAACAAUGGUGUUUUCUGCUAUAUUUUCUCCCACUUUAAACCUUGCCAUUUCUUCAACUACACACUGUUGUAGAAGAAAACAAUCAAGCACAAGUUCAAAGAGAGGAUUGAGUAAUAUGAGAGUAAGAGCUAGUUCCACUGAGAAAGGUGAAUCAAAAGACAAAGUUGAAGAUGACAAAUCAUCAUUCAACCCUUUUGGAUUUGUUACUGAUAACCCAUCAAGCCGCAGUGCAAUUCAGUUGCCUGAAAGCCCUGCUGAAGAUGGCAACGUUGGACAAAUGAUAUAUAGAAUAGAAGACAAGGGCAAGGAAUUUGGUUCAUACAUUAAAUCUGGGAAGUUGAGAUGGUUUGUGAGGGAAACUGGAUCAGCAAAUAGCAGGCGAGGAACUAUUGUUUUCCUUCACGGUGCUCCGACGCAAUCGUUUAGCUACCGCAUUGUUAUGUCUCAGUUGGCAGAUGCAGGGUUCCACUGCUUUGCACCUGACUGGAUAGGAUUUGGUUUCAGUGAUAAGCCACAGCCAGGAUAUGGUUUUAACUACACAGAAAAGGAGUUCCAUGAUGCAUUGGAUAAACUGCUUGAAGUGUUGAAGGUUGAAUCUCCAUUUUUCCUAGUUGUUCAGGGAUUUCUUGUAGGUUCAUAUGGACUAACUUGGGCCCUAAAGAAUUCAACCAAGAUAUCAAAGCUAGCAAUACUAAACAGUCCAAUAACAGUUUCAUCUCUCAUUCCUGGACUAUUUCAGCAGCUAAGAAUUCCUCUAUAUGGUGAAUUUCAAUGCCAGAAUGCUAUUGUUGCUGAGAGGUUUAUUGAAGCAGGUAGCCCUUAUGUUCUGAAAAAUGAAAAGGCUGAUGUUUACCGGCUACCUUAUUUGGCAAGCAGUGGACCUGGAUUUGCUCUACUAGAAGCUGCAAGAAAAGCAAAUUUCAAAGGUACUUUCACUGAAAUAUCAGAAGGAUUUGCAACUAACAGAUGGGAUAAACCGGUAUUGCUCGCGUGGGGAUUAUCGGACAAGUACCUGCCACAGUAUGUGGCAGAAGAAUUUCAGAAAGGAAAUCCUCAACACAUCAAGCUUAAAUUGAUUGAAGGAGCUGGACAUAUGCCACAAGAGGACUGGCCUGAGAAAGUUGUUGAUGCUUUGAGAAUGUUCUUCUGAUUUCAGCAACUAAAACUAACCAUGUUGGCAUUCUUGUGCUUAUUCAAUUGAAAUGUCACUCCUAAGUUUUUCCUUAUAUUGUAAAUUUAGUGUGUCUCAAUUUUUUUCACUUCUCAACAAAUAAAGUUAUAGUUUGGUAUAAAAGGGGGCAUUGAUUGAAAAAUGAUAACUAAUAA